AUGUCGCAGAAGCUUCGUGCUGAAGUUAGUCAGACCCAAAUAUCUAUCGACUCAAAAGAGCCAGCUCUUAAGAAGAACUUCUCGCUAUGGGCCACUGCAGCCAUGCAGUUCUCAUUGAUCUGCUCGCCAAUGGCCAUCGGCACGUUUUUGACCAUUGUCAUCGGUAUAGGAGGCUCACCCGUGUUGCUCUACGGGUUCAUCUUGGCUGUGACCUUCGACUUGAUCAUCUGCUUCUCGUUGGCCGAGUUGGCCUCGGCAUACCCCCAUUCCUCUGCUCAGGUCCACUGGACCUACGUUUUGGCGCCUGAUCGCUACAAAAAGUUGUUGAGUUUCAUGAACGGAGUUUUGUCUUGUGCUGGGUGGAUUUUUGCUUGCUUUUCCGCCACCUUGAUCGGUUCUAUGUUGAUCAUAGCAUUGGCCCAGGUGCACAACCCUGACUACGCUCCCACCAACUGGCACCAGUACCUUAUUUAUGCCGGCAUCUUGAUUUUUGGGUACAUGGUGAAUGUGUUCUCGGUCGAGUCGCUUCCCUACAUCACCAAGUUUUUGGUGUGUGUUAUCAACGGAGGCACGUUGUUCAUUCUCGUCUCCUUGCUUGUCAAGGCCCACCCCAAGAGAUCAGCCGCAUUUGUGUUCAAGGACAUUGUCAACCAAACCGGCUGGGAGUCCAACGGAGUCGUCUUUUUCUUGGGUUUGCUUCCAAGUAUUGCUUGCAUCUGCUUGUACGACGGUGCUGCUCAUAUGACCGAUGAAAUGGAACAUCCACAAUCGCAAAUUCCUUUGGUGAUGGUCAUCUCCAAUUCUGCCUCCGCUAUUCUCACCUUGCUUGCCAUCAUCGUCUACAUGUUCUGCAUUACCAACGUCGAAAACUUGAACACUCCCUUCGGUGGCCAGCCAAUUGUCCAGUUGAUGUACGACUCUUUCAACUCGAAGGCCUUGACAACCAUCGGUACUUUAUGCUUGAUCAUUGCCUUUGUCGGUUCGUGUUUCUUUUACUACUGUUCCACCUCCAGAUUAGUGUGGGCCUUCAGCAGAUCCCAUGGUUUACCAUCCAUUUUCGGAAAGGUUUCAGGAAGACUCAACAGUCCUGUCAAUGCCUUGACUUUUGUCUUGGUGGUGUGUUUGAUUCUUGGGUGUCUUCUCUUUGGAUCUGCCACUGCUCUUAAUGCUGUCUUGGGUACUUCCAUGGUCUGUAGUAACUUGUCCUACUUGGUGCCUAUUGCAUGUUUGUUAUGGAGAUCCAAAUUCGCAGUCUCGCCUCACCAGAGAUACAGGUUGGAUACUGACGACCAAUUGUGCAUCAACACGGAGACUGGGUUACCCUUCUUCCAUUUGGGAAGAUUUGGGGUGUUUAUGAACAUUUGUGCGUGCUUUUGGGUGUGUUUUAUCAUGGUCUGGUUGAACUUCCCUAUAGCAUACCCUGUCACCUCGGAUAACAUGAACUACGCCUGUGCUGUCUUGGGAUGUACAUUGAUUGUUGGUGUGGGUUUGUGGUUUGGUUAUGCCAAGAAGAGAAUUAGGGCGGCCGAGGAGAAGGCCAUUCUUGAAGGUGUUACCAGCAAUUUAUAG